GUGCAUGCUUCGUAUUUCGUUCACAAAUGUGAACGCAAAGUAAAAUUGAGAAUUGUGCUUGCAUGUAGUUGUUCGUCGUUGAACGAGACCGAUACCAAUACCAAGAGCAACACCAAAACGAGACGAAUGCUUGUAGUCCAGCGAAAUUUUGACAGUUUGUUUCUUGCUUUUGGAAAGAAAGGUUGUAAUCAUUUAAAAGCACCGGUUGAAAAAUAUAAUCAAAGCUAAAUAUUCGGGACGGAACAAAAACAAAUAGCAGUGUUCGCUCGCGGUGGUGAUAAAUUUGUUGUAUGUAAGCAAAUAGCAAAGCAGAAAAAGCAGCAGCGCUUAAAAGUGUGAAACAAAGCGAGAGAGAGAGAGAGAGAGAGAGAAGUAGAAGGAAGAAAGAAGAGGUGACAACAGCACUUCACAAUAACAAUACACAGUGGAUUUGGGGAAUCUUUGGUGCUCCCGCAGUGGCACUACGAAUAGGCUGUUCGUUCUCUCAUCUGCCUUGCGUUGAUAUAUGCAUUUGUUGUUGGAUUGACUUAUUCGUUCCAUCGCACCAUACACCUAUUGCACAAGUCGAAUACCACUAGAACGCCUCUUUAGGAAACUGAUGGAUGAAGAAGCUUUAUUAAGCGCAGCGUAUGGAGUGUAGCUGGCAAGCAAAUAAAGUGUUUGGCGCUCUCCGGCAGCUCCAGUUGGAAAUCGUGUGUUGGUGUUAUUGGGGUGCAGCGCCAUCUAUUGCACUGCCGAAAAUAUCAGAGAGUUUAAACCGGGCGCAUGCACAUUCUUUUGAGCGUGCCCAGUUUUAAAAAGUGCGUACAAUCAACAGGCUCCUCCACAGUGGCGUAUCAUAUUUAUUAAAACAUAUGCACACAGACUUUGACAUUUUACUGCGAUUUUUAUUUCCGGAUGUCGAAGCAGAUGUAAAUCAACAAGUGCAUUAUUUUUUCAAAAACCUAAUAUCGUAUUUAGAAAAUACUGGAAUACUGAAUAACUAAAGAGAAAGAAAUAAGUGGAAAACCGCACUUCAUCGAUAGUUGACGAGGAUUUAAACGCGCUUGCUGUGUGGUCGCUAUGACCAUUAUACUAUUUUUGGUUGACACGUCCGCGUCGAUGUGCCAGAAAGCGUACGUAAAUGGCGUACAAAAGUCGUAUCUGGACAUAGCGAAGGGCGCUGUGGAAACAUUUCUAAAAUAUCGUCAACGCACACAGGAUUGUCUUGGGGAUCGCUAUAUGUUGUUAACUUUUGAGGAACCCCCCUCCAAUGUCAAGGCCGGGUGGAAGGAGAAUCACGCAACAUUUAUGAAUGAACUUAAAAAUCUGCAAAGUAAUGGACUUACUUCAAUGGGUGAAUCGCUAAAGAAUGCCUUCGAUUUACUAAAUCUGAAUCGCAUGCAAUCCGGUAUCGACACUUACGGUCAGGGUCGAUGUCCCUUCUAUUUGGAACCGUCUGUAAUAAUUGUGAUCACUGACGGUGGACGGUACUCGUACCGUAAUGGUGUACAUCAGGAAAUCAUACUGCCGUUGAAUACACAAAUACCCGGAACCAAUUUUACAAAGGAACCAUUUCGAUGGGAUCAACGACUUUUUUCCCUAGUUCUGCGCAUGCCUGGCAAUAAGGUCGAUGAGCGUGUUGAAGGUAAAGUACCGCAUGACGAUUCGCCCAUCGAGCGCAUGUGUGUCGUGACGGGUGGGCGUUCGUAUCGUGUGCGUUCACAUCAUGUACUCAAUCAAUGUAUAGAGAGUUUAGUACAGAAGGUGCAACCGGGUGUUGUGCUACAGUUUGAACUAAUGCUACCGAAGGAGGGUCUGCCAAAUGAAGCUAUGCAAGAUAUUAUAUUCCAACCAAUGAAGAAAAUGAUCUACGUGCAAAAGCAUAUCACACAAAAGACCUUCCCCAUCGGAUACUGGCCAUUGCCGGAACCAUACUGGCCGGAUCCGAAAGCAGUUACAUUACCGCCGCGUGAUGCGCAUCCCAAACUAAAAGUAGUAGCACCUGCCGUCGAUGAACCACAAAUGGUGCGCAGUUUUCCCGUCGACAAGUACGAAAUCGAAGGCAGUCCACUAACGCUACAAAUACUUCAAAAGCGUGAAAUGAAUAAAUGCUGGCAGGUAAUUAUAUCGAAUGGGAUGCAUGGAUUUGAUUUGCCCUUUGGCUACUUGAAGGCUUCUCCGAAUUUUACACAAGUUCACCUGUAUGUGUUGGCAUAUAAUUAUCCGGCAUUACUGCCGCUACUGCACGACCUCAUACACAAGUAUAACAUGAGCCCGCCUAACGAUCUUAUGUAUAAAUUUAAUGCUUAUGUGCGCUCAAUACCGCCCUACUACUGCCCAUUUUUGCGGAAAGCACUGCUCAACAUCAAUGUACCGUAUCAACUGCUCCAAUUUCUGCUGCCAGAAAAUAUUGACAACUACUUGUCCCCGAACAUUGCCAACCAGUUGAAGCAUAUCAAAAACACCGCUAAGCAGGAUCAAGAAAAUCUCUGUAUGAAGGUAUAUAAACAGUUAAAACAGCCGAAACCGCCGUAUCGUCAAAUCGAAACAGCAAAACUAAAUCCGGGUGUACCGUUGCGUCGCGAUCUUGUACGACAUCCUUUGCUGAGAGAAACCUUUUCCAAAUUGCAUGCAGAAAUUGAACCACUUGAGAAUUACACCAUUGUCGUGCCACAGUUGACACGCCAAUCUUCGGCGAAAUCGUACCGUAAUCCGUUCGAUAUUCCACGUCGUGAUUUAAUGGAAGAAAUAGCGCGUAUGCGUGAAGCCGUUCUUCGACCAGCGCCAACAAGUUUAGUGGCUAAAGAUUCGGGACACUGCCUACCUAUUGCCGAAAUGGGCAACUACCAGGAAUACUUGAAGAAUAAAGAUAAUCCAUUGCGCGAGAUAGAACCAACGAAUGUUAGGCAACAUAUGUUCGGCAAUCCGUAUAAAAAAGACAAGCAUAUGGUUAUGGUGGACGAGGCUGAUCUCAGCGAUGUUGCUCCAAUGAAAUCAAAUAAUGGAGCUGGCGGUCCGCCACUGCCGGGCGUACCAGGCGGCAUUGGUCCAAAGAAAAUCGAUGCAUCACGUACGCGUAAGCGAAAGGCAGGCCCGAUUCGUAAGGAUUAUAUAUUUAGGCGAACUUCCACAGAUGUACGACCCAGCACACCGAGCCUGACUGUGACGUCUUCGAUUUCCUCGAGCGCCUCGGUUUCUUCGCUGUCUGACUUCGAUGAAGAUAGCGUUUCAGAGACAGCGUCCAUAUCGUCAGGCAUGUCAGAUGACGGAGACUCGGAUCGGCUUGUGGUGGCGUUCGACUUCAAUGAAGACGAACCCGGCGACCCGCUAAUAAAUGGCUAUGUACGUAAUUUUAUUAAUGGCAUCAACGAUGAAAGUAGCUGUGAUUCUGAUAUGAUCGUGCCCAGUGUUGGCCAGCUCAAUUCAACGGCUGGUAUUGCGGUGGGCAUUUUGCCACUGACACCUGUUGCACAAAUGCAAAACAACAACAGUGUAUUGACUCCUAUGUCACCACCCGGCUCGCCACAACCCUAUAUGAACAGUUAUGGCCAGCCAAUUAUGGCGUCCGCAGAUGCAUUGCCUGCUGUUGGCUCAAUAGUGGCGCCAAGCGUAUUGGCUAAUGCGAACCAGUCAAUAACACCCAACGUCUUCGCGUCAUCGCUUCAAAUCAAUGGCAACGCUUUACUUGGUAUUCCCGCUGCGACAGCGCCGGUGGGCACGCCAGUGCCCAUUGCAGCAGUGGCCACACCGUUAAUUGUGUCCCCAGCUCCUGCCUAUCAACACAACGAUAUUAAUGAUGCUCAAGAAAUUUCGCGCAUAUUGCAGCAAUGCCACAACGGCACUUCUAAUAUAUCGAAUACAACUUCCGCGCCGAAUCUUGAAUUGGCAGUCAACGCAGGUGCGAUUAAAAUGGAAACGGAGUUGGCACUAAUGCCACCACCAUCAUCCACGACAAAUUCGCUAACACCUGUGACACUUUCCGCCAACUUUGAUACACUGAAACGCGAGUCAAUGGCCAAUAAUGCGGGCGUAUGCAACUCUAAUCAUUUGCCCAAUCACAACCAACACAACAAUAUAAACAGCUUAAGCAAUAAUAUUGGCAAUGGCAAUAUCCAGCGUAGUUCUAGUAUCGUUUCGUCGCCACCACCUCUCACAGAUGAGCAGCGCGAUGCAGCGCGCAAACAUAACCUAGAAAUUCGAACACAAGUUUUUCGCGAUAUACGGCGCCCAGGCCGAAAUUACUCGCAACUAUUGGAGCAUCUUAAUCUAAUCAAAGGUGAUUAUGAUAUGAAAUCAAAUUUCAUAAAAAUGUGCAUCAGCGAAUCUAUGCGUUUUCGGCGGAAGCAAAUGAUGAACAGCAUACAGGAGUGGUGGGAUAAGAAGCAAGAGCAAUCACAGGCGACAACAACAAGUUAACAAUUACUGCUUUGGGAUAUAAAUUGAGCAAUUGAGCCAUUCACAGACACAGACAGUCGUAUACGGUAUAGUUAUUGUGAAAAUACCCUAAGAUCAUCGUAGACCACCGAGCCACCGGCUGAUCUUUUCAAAUGAAUAUUCAAGCCCAAAAAUGAAAAAAAUUCCGUUAUGCGAAUUGGAGCGCGAACUCAGGCAUAAAUGUGGAAAGUGCAUAAAUAUGUAUGCAUGUGUGGGUAUGAGUGUGUCCGUGCGCAAGGGAGUGGGCGGUCCUUUUCGUUUGAGAAAGUGGGUGCUAUAUGUGGUUGAUUAAAAAACGUGGGCGUGGCAGUUUGGGUAGUUGGCUGUGACGUUUAUGUGUGCGUGUGUGCGAAUAACUGCCGGCAGUAGGUUGCAUACAAGUUCAACAAGUCUAUGCACAUAUGGAUAAAUCCAUUUAUAGCAAAGUGUCCACGUCUCCAAAUGGGUUUCAAGCACUUAUUAAUGAUUAAUUUGAAAGGAUGUACAUAUUUGUAUUUUUCGCGCCGGGUUAUGCCAAUAUUAGGCGCUUUAAAAGGGUUGGAACAUUUUUUUGAUAAAAAUUUUUUUAAUAGAAUAGUUUCUAGAAGCAAUUAUGAGGCGUUGAAAUUUCCAAUAUCAAAUUAGAUGAAUUUUAUAGUGAGAGCUACAUAUGAAUAUUUAAGUGAGGUUUUAAGAUCUUUUUGGGGAUCUAAUAAUUUAUAACGUUUUCAUCUGAAUGCUGGGAUGAAAAAUAGUAAAAGGUAUAGCAAGCUUUGAUUUAGAAUUUUAAAUAUAGUAAAAAAUAAUGCAUGCACAUUUUGCUUGUGUGCUUAAAUAUUUAUUUAACAGUAAAGGCAUAAAGAAAUCUUAUUACAAAUUGAUGGCAUGUUUUUUGUCAAAGUAGAAAUUGUAUAAACAACCGUAAAUUGUACCUCUGUGGACACUUUGACUACAUAUCCGUGCGCAUACAAAUGUGCACAAGUGACUGAAUGAUCAACUCGGAAAUAAUGCAUCCUAUUUGCAUAUUAGUAGGUGUAUAACCCUCUUCAAAAUUCAUAUCGUACUCUGCAUACCGGCAGUAGUAAUUUUCAGUUAUUUCAUUGCACCGCUCUAAAGUCGAAUACAUUGCAAGGUAAACAUUUGGACUACAAUAAAUUGUUAUGGUAAUGAUCGGUCUGGAUUCUCAUCAGUGAUUCCUUCCUUGCGCGCCACCAUUUGUUUUUGUUUUUAUUAGAGCCUUGGGUUCCAUACUUUUAUUCGUUUAUCUUUAGAAGAUACAUAAGAAUAGACUGAUACCUUUAUAACUGAUUCACCACGCCCACAAGCCCAUUUCUAGGAAUAAACUUAUGGCCUGAAUAAUUUUUAAGAAGAUAUAGUCAACUUGUCAACUGGGCAAUUAUUCUCCCUUUAACAGCCACUUAAAGACAAACGUGAUUGCGCUGCUUUACUAGAGUAAAAAUAGAAAGUUAUUGUUUUGCUUUGUUUAAAACACUUCAAAUUCCUUUAUUUUCCAAAAACACAAAUAUUAAGUUUAAAUAUGAAAAACGUGUCGAAACAAAAAUGUAGGAAAAAGGGUUAGCGCGCUAGGCGUAUCGCCAAAUCGCCCUAUGUUUUCAUGUAAUUUUAUUCUAGUUUAACUUGCUUCUACAUAAAAUACAACAUUAGUUAAUAAUAAAAAAUAUAUAAUAUGUGUAUAGGCAUAUAAAAAAAUGAUCAAGGGUGACUCUAGCGUAUGCAGAAAUUUAUUAAAAACUAACUUAAAUCAAAUUUGUGUGUAUUCAAUCAAAUUCGUCUGGAACUUAUAAAAAAAUGUUAGUAAAGAAUUAAUUUUGAGUGUUUUUAUUUCCUUAUACGUAUUAAUUUUCAAUUUGAUGAUUGUAUAAAAAUACCAUAACAUAACGUAACAGAAUGCGUCUGUGCGAAAAAUCGAACAAAAAAAAUUAAAUCAAUUAUUAUAUAAAGCAGAACGUAAAAUUGUUUGAAAUAUUGAUACAUAAAUUACGAACAUAACGUAAAUACAUAAGUAAAUUUUUGAAUGUAAUUUAAAUAUUUUAUAAUAAUAAUUAUAAAA